AUGCCUCCGAAACGGACGAUGAAGGCUACUGCGGAUGUCACGCUCCCGGACGACCUCCUAACGGACCCGAUCAUCACGCCGGUUCCUGCUGGGGAUGGGGCUGAGAAGCAAGGAUCGAACGACGUGGUUAAUGUUCCUGCAGUCACGGAUAACGCCGCCGGAUCCGUCAAGGAAUCGGCUACUACUGCUGCUUCUGUCGCCGGUGGUUCUGGUCUGUCAGUGGAAGAGAAGAGUCAGGACAACCAGGCUCCCAUUGCUGUGACCAACGAGUUCCUGGAAGAUGAUGAAGAUGAAGAGCUGGAGAUUGACAUUGCCAAGGAAGAUGCUUUCAGUCUUCGCUUUACAGCAAUCUUACUCAUUCCGAUGGUGCUUUCUCAGGAGAUUAAGGCCAUUAUUGCUGCACUGCUAAAUGACAAUGAAGCUAUCCUAAAGGCGGCGUCACAGUAUUAUAAGGAGCUGUUCGGAAGCGACAGACAGCAGGCCGUGUCUGCUUGGUCUCCUGCUCCUGGGAGGUCUCUGUCGCAGGAGUCGGCGGAGGCGGUGUGUGCAGCCUGGUCGGAGGAGGAAGUGAAAGCUGCCUUCCGUUCGAUGGCGAAGGACAAGGCUCCACGGAAAGAUGGGUUGCCGAAGGAGCUGUUUGAGUUCCACUGGGAUAUCUUGGGCAAGCAUUUCAUGAAGCUGGUAGACAAUUUUGCGGCUACGGCGACGCUGCCGACAAGUACGAAAGACGCUGUUACCAUCCUGUUACACAAAAAGGGGGGGAGGGAGCAGCUUGAGAAUUACAGACCGAUCACCCUUUUGAGCUUCACCUACAAAGUGAUUGCGAGGGUGGUGGCAGAUAGGAUGAAAAGGGUGCUGCAUGAGGUCAUCUCUCCGGAGCAGUACGGUUUCUUGCCUGGAAGGAGGCUGUCGGACGCGGUGGGCUUGGUUGCGGAUGUUAUUGAGGCCGCGAAGAGCAAGGACCAUGACUGGUAUCUCCUGCUGGUCGACUUUAGGAAAGCGUUCGAUUCGGUCUCGAGGACCUUCCUGUUCACGGUGCUUGAGCGGAUGAGUUUUCCGAGCCGUCUCGUGGACUGGGUUAGGGGCCUGCACAAGGAUACACGGACCAGUCUGUUAAUCAACGGCUGGAUGGGGGAAGCGGUUGACGUGGUGUCCGGGGUGCGGCAAGGCUGUCCCCUUGCGCCCUACCUCUUCUUGUGCGCAGUGGAACCGCUGGCCCAGCAGGCGGCUGCUAGGAAACUUGGUCUUGGAAAAGGGGGAGCGGCGGCUGGCGUAUCUGGGGCAUGCAAGACGGACGGCUUCAAGUGGGUGAAGGCGGAUGAAGCAGAGAGGCUCCUGGGCGUGUGGGUGACGCCGGCUGGCAGCUGCGCCCCCACCUGGGAAAAAGCUUUCGCGCGGAUCAAGGAUAAGCUGAGACAAUGGGAGACGCAGCAUCUCACCACAGGUGCUAGGGUUGCGGUAAUCAACUGCUACAUCUCACCUAUAAUCUUCUUCCAGGCGCAGGUGUACCCGCCGCCGGUGGAUAUUUGGGGGAGGAUUUUGAAGCUGGCGCACAACUUCGUGUCAGGCAAUCACGCGGUCACUGACAAGAAGUUCAUACUGUGGAGCCGGGACCUACUGUAUACAGCUAGAGCUGAUGGCGGUGUGGGGGUGAGAGACCCGGAAAUAGAGCUCACCUGUCUUGCUGCCAGGCGCAUUGGACUGUUGCUCACCGAGACGUGUGAACUGAAGCGGGACAUUAUGCUCGCAGCGGCGGACCUGCCGCUGGGGACUGACACCUUUGUCGCUCACGUGAAGCUUCUGAAGUGUUGGCGUGGAAAAAGUGAGAGGUGGAAGCUGGCCUGCGGGAGCUUUAUGCAGUCGCCGCUGGUCGACUCGCUACCGGCUCUAUCGAAGGAAGAAAUUGCGGCGGAGCGAGUUGUUUUUAACCGCAACAUCCUGCUCAACGGCAAGACUCCGGUGGGGGGCCAGAAGGCUGCGGCGAAGCUGUGGGAGCUCCGGCUGGGUGAUCUUCUGCUACCGGAUGGUGCGGGGGGUCGUAAGGUCAAGGAUGUGAAAACCCUGACAAGGGAGCUGGGAGGCUCUAAGCAAGCGAAGCUGGCACUACGGGCUUGGGAAGCGGUGCCACAGCCCUGGAAGGAGAGUCUACUGUCUACCGAGCAAUUGGGGCCUCCGCCCCUACUUCCCCGCCUUCAGAAAUCGGCUCUGUUCAAGGAUGGGCAAGUGGCGUCGUUGAAGGAGCUGAAGGGAUGUUGGAAGGGCCAGAAGCGUCAAUCCGCUAAGCGGGAGCUCUGCCCGCGCAUUCAGCAGGUGGUGGUGGCGGUCAAGCGGUCCAUGCGCAUGCUAAACCCUGCAAGGCAGGUGUCGGACCUGGGGGACCUGUUAUUCGGAAAGUCAGCAUCGGCCUCAGCGUUUCCUGAAGCAACCCUCUCUGCAAUCGCUGUUCACCAGAUCUGGGCGGAGCGAUUUGAUUGUGUGUUUCGGGGGAAAAGAUUCCGGUCCCGGCGGGUACUCAGGCGCAUCGAGGCAGCAUUUCGGCUGCAUGUGAAGGUGUACACGCGAGCAAUGGGAAAGAAGCUUGGCAGCGGUGGUGGUUCGAAGGGACAAAGGAGAACUCAUGCGCUGGCGGAGCAGGAGGACGGUUUACUUGGCCGCAUUCGUUGCAUGACGGUGAAAGCAACUUCCUCUAAGAAAAUUAAGUACUACGACUGUAAUACGCCGUGCACGAACGCCUCCGGCGUCGUUACGGCCUGCUACGAACAAUGCGCGUCGUGCGUGAGCUCAAAAGGCGGCUGUAGGGUCAACUUUCAGCCAAAUUGGGCUGUUGUGACCAACGCCACCACUGGUUCCACUGGUAAAGUGUACACUGGUCACCAAUGCCCUACGUCAUGUGCUCUUGUGUGGUGGAAGUGGCUGCUCAUUGCCAUCUCCAUUCUGGUGUUCCUCGUUGCCCUCACAUUAAGUAUCAUCCGGUGGUGCUGCAACCCCAACGUGACCAUUGAGGAUGCAAAUAAGGGUACGUUCCUGAAGCGCGUGACAAAAGUCUCGCGUCUCAAAAGACGUAAUGCAGCAGUGCGUGGGGCUCGUGUCGUGGGUCUCGUGGACGCGGACGCGCUGAAGCCGGGCGACCUGGUGGGCGUGAACAAGGACAGCUACCUCAUUCUCGACACACGGCACCAAGCGAUUCUACAGAAUCAAGCCAUGAACCGAGCCGACAUCCUCGACCCGGCUCUCAUGCGCUCGGGGCGGCUGGACAGGAAGAUUGAGUUCCCUCACCCCACCGAGGAGGCCCGGGCUCGCAUCCUGCAGAUCCACUCACGGAAAAUGAACGUUCACCCGGAUGUGAAUUUUGAGGAGCUGGCGCGGUCAACAGAUGAUUUCAAUGGAGCUCAACUCAAGGCUGUCCGUGUAGAGGCUGGCAUGCUUGCUCUCCGCCGCGAUGCCACCGAGGUGACACAUGAAGACUUCAAUGAAGGAACUAUUCAAGCGCAGGCUAAGAAGAAGGGUAGUCUUAACUACUAUGCAUAA